UUCACAGUGUAUUGGCUAAUUGUCCGAAGUGGGACGGAUAGACAGAGAGAGAUUGUUUGUUUGUUGACUUAAUUGACGUCGUGUUGCAAGGAUUUCAACGUUUUACUUCAUUUUUAGCCAUGUUAAAUUUUCGAUGUGUUAUUAUUGGGGUUUUGUGUUCAUUUCUUUCACAAAGUGUCUCAAGUGAAGUAUUGGAACAGUUUUUUAAUGAACCUAUACCUUGUGAGAAUCCCUGCGAUAAAUCUUUUUCAGAAUCUUCACCUGAGUUAAGAAAGGCAUGUGCUGAGGGUUGUCGUCUUUACACUGUGAUUGAAUUAGCUAAAGGAUUAUCAGAUAGAAAUAAGACUUUAGGACUGUGCAUAUCAGCAUGUGCAGAGGCUUUUAUUAAUGAGACAUCAACAGAUGCUUGCAGUUAUGGUUGUCAUCAAAAUGCUACCUCAAAACCUACGGAUGAAACACAGACACUGCAUUUAUUAACUCCUUUGAUUUAUGUGAAAAGUGCUUAUAACACAAUGGCUCAUCAUAUGAGACAGUUUAUCUCCACUAGUUGGACUGUGUAUGUCCAGGAAGAUUCUGGAAAGAUGAUUAUUCUUCAGACCAGCCCAAAUGUGAUAGAAAGUUCUGAAUACUCACGUUCAAGAGAUAACAGUAAUAGCUUGAAAAACUAUCCAAGUUGGCAGGAAGAAAAGCUUGAUUGGAUGGGUUGCAUUUCUCAUCAGUCUGGCAUACCACGCUGGUUACUUGUGAUUGUGCUUUUUGGAUUCAUUCUUGCAUUAUUGUGGUUAUGCUGUGCUACUGCAGUUACUGCUCCAAAUCAUUAUUUAACAUCUGCUGCAAAGAAAAAGAAUGUUGGCUAUGUCUUGCUGUGUGAACCAAAUCAUGAUUUAAAACCAUCCCCACCACUUGUCAACUGUGAUGAGGAAGCACCUCCACUUCCACCUAAAGUAACUCUUAUUUAAAUUAUGUAAAAGUUUUUCCACCUAAAGUAACUCUUAUUUAAAUUAUGUAAAAGUUUAUGUUUAAUGAAAAAAAAGAAGAAAUGCAUUUACUACUUUUCUUAUUUCUGAUAUAUUUUGUAAAAUCUGUCAUUGAAUAUAUAUGAUACAAUUGGGCUUUCAAUAUUUUAUGCUUAUGUUAAUAUUGGGUUAUUAAAUUAUUAGAGAUUACGAAAA